AUGGGUUUGCCGAGGUUGGAAUCAUGUUGCUUUAUAUUAGACCUGAAGACAGGAAAUAUAGUUCUGGGAUGCAUAAACGCUUUCUUCUCGUUCGUGCUAGUAGUGGUGAUGAUCGUCAUAUCCGCGACAGUCGGCAGCGUGGAAUCGAAGGAACUUGACGAGAAUGAGCUUGACGUAGAAGCCCAUGCCGCCAUAACGGGCCUUUACGCGAUGUCUAUUAUUUUGGUGUUCAUGUUCCUCGCUAAAUUCUUAUUCGAUCUUUUGUUCAUUUAUGCCGUCAUUACGGAGCGAGCUGCCAUAAUAAAGGCGUACUUAAUUAUGUGGAUCGUCUUCUUCCUAUUAUCAAUGUUCACUUUCUUUGUGAACGCGCCGAACUACAGCGGGUGGACCAUCACCACUGAACUCUUCUAUAUAGGGUUGAACGUGUACGCCUUCUUGUUGUAUCACAGUUUCUACAAACAACUGAACGAGAGGGAAGAAGUGUAAACUACAUACCUAACAUUGAGUACCCAAUACUCUAAGUUAUGUUAAGUAUAAAAUACAAAUAAGAUUAGGAAAGAUAUUAUUUAAUAGGUUUGAGGUAUAUUGAAACUUAUUAUGGAAGCGGUCGGAAUAAAAAGGCCUCGCUUAUAAAGACUUACACGUUCAAUUUUAGAGUCCAUCAUACUUCACGUGUAGAAAAUAGUGCAAAACAAAUUUUAUUCCAACACAAACAAUUUGUGUAUUAUAUCAUAUGAGAUCCCUGACUCUCAAAGUAGGGCAACCUGCGACAUGAGAGCCAAUGCUCCUCCGCGCGCUUAACUGGACAACCUUACACGACAGUACUACAC